AUGGCUCGCCUUGGUCUCCUCCUCGCCGCCACGCUCUUGGUGGUGGCUGGCACCAACGCCGAGGUCCUCAACUCUGUCCAAGAGAUGAUUGAACCUCCUUUCAAUCCUCCCGCUCGCCGUUCCGAGAUUAGCCUGGUUGUUGACCCCGACGAUUUUAUCCCCGAUGAUCAAUGGCCCGAGACAGAUGGCCUCGAUGAAUCGAGCCACCGCCAACGUCGCGACACCUAUGGCUUGGGUGAUACCAUUCCAGCCAACACAACGGCUGUCGAUGUGGUGGGCGGCUUGCGUGAUUUUUUUCGCCCCGGCAGCAACGAGUUUGACGCCCUCCUCGUCGACGCCGAAGCCGGUCAGAGCACCAUUCAUUUUGCCGACGAGAACGUUGCCCAGGGAAGCUACCCUCACCUGAUGAGCGCCAACCUUAAGGCCGUUCUCGACCGCAUGGCUGCCCACGAAGCAUAUCAAACCCUUCUCGACGCUGGCAUCAAGUUUCAUGUCUCAAAGGCUUACGAAGCCCCUCCGCUCGACGCGCCCACCAAUUCCGAAAACCUCCAUUACGAGGGUCGCACCCUUGACCUCAAGUUCUGGCGCAACAACCAAGUCGGGAUGUAUCCCAGCCUGAUAGACACGGUCAUGCAAUUGGCCUGGAUCUCAGGUGCCGAUUUUGUGCGCAACGGUGAUGCCCGCAUCGAGCUGGCCGUGGUUCCCAACAGCUGUGGCGCCGUCCUCGACGUUGUCUUUGCCCUCGAUGGCAGUGCCAGUCUGGAUGGCUCCUACCAGCAAAGCGGUGGCCACGUUGAUCUCUGGGACAAGCAAAUUCAGUUUGUCAAGGAUGUCACCAGCUACUUUAGCGUGAGCUCUGAAGAAACCCGCGUUGGCGUCAUGUCCUUUCAUGGACCCCUCCUCUCCCACUACUCGUACGUCGAGGGCAUCCCUGACUGCCCUCAACGCAGUAUUUGGACUUUUGAGGGUUCCCACUGCGUCUGCUACCCAGACAUUGGCUGCACUGGCCCAGACUCAACCUGCCUUGAAGUUGAUUUUGCCAUCACCCCCAACGGCUGCGAGAAUCGCUCCGCCGGCGAUUAUCAACAGGGCAAGUGUGAGAUUCGCCACGCCUUUCCCAUCAACUGCGAUAGCUGUGAGUGCGUUGGUGGCCCCAUCAUCUACCCCAACGCCUCCUGGACCCUCUACCAGGACCUGAUCGAGACCACCGAUCAGUAUGCUCUCAACGACCUGCUGGACAACGUCGAGUUUCCCGCCGGUGCCACUCACCUCUCGUGGGGUCUCGACUUUAUCGACCGCGAAAUGUUCCGUCUCGCCGCCGGCAUGCGUUCCUCCAACAACAGUAUCCCGCGUGUUCUCAUCGUCCUCACCGACGGUCGCUCCAACCCCGGCUUUGAACCCGACGAGUAUUCCACCGCGCUCAAGGACAAGGGCAUUGAAAUUUAUGCCAUCGGCGUCGGUGACUAUUACAGCAUCGAGGUUCAAGAAAUGGCUUCGGAACCCAAGGACCGCCACGCCUUUGAGCUGAGCAACCAGGAUGACCUCGCUCGCCUCGUCGAUCGCCUUUCCUACCAGACCUGCUCCAUCCCGGCCCUACUCGAGGUCGCUGAGCGCCGCACCGUCUACCUCGACGCCAACGACUACAUUUAUUAUCGGGGCCAGUGCUCCGUCGGCUCACAGUACAUUGCCAACAACGUCAUUGUUGAGCUCCAGGGCAAGGGAGGUCGCACGGAUGCCUUUGUGGAUUCAUCCACCCCACAGCCUGGGCAAUUUCGCCACGCCCUCGCCAUCGAUGCCGGCCUCAACGAGUUUGACUAUGGUCUACACAGUCGCAUCGUGGACAACGCCGUCGCCCCCGUUUACAUUGCCCUCCGUGGCUCGUCCAGUGCCCCGUCCAGCGUGGCCGACGUUCGCUUCUACAACCUCCUCUUUUCCGCCUUUGAAGUGAACGCGACCCUCCUCGAGGGUGCGAGUGCUGGCACCGAGGUUCUCGCCGCUCCUAGCAUGGUCGCCAUUGCCGGUUCCAUCCCCACCUACUCGUUCCAACUGGACUCGACCAUCAACGGUGACGGCAAAUUCUCCAUCGAUUCGGCCGGCCGCAUCUUUGUCCAGCAAGGUGGUUCAGCCCUGGAUCGCGAGACCAAGUCCACGUACAAAAUUAAGCUCUGGGCCUACCACUCCGACAACCGCUGCCUUGUUAGCUAUCAGCUCAUCACCAUCCACCUCACGGACGUCGAUGACACGGCCCCGGUCUUCGAGCCAUCCACCUAUACCCUCGACCUCCAGGAGACCACGGUCAACCAUCGCAGUCGUCGUUCUGUCAAUGAAGUGGUCCUGCGGCUCUCCGCCACCGACGCCGAUGGCAGCAGCGUCCUCACCUACUCCUUCACCGAUUCAGCCAGCCAGAGCCAGACCAUCUUGGGCCUCAACAGCAGCUCGGGCGAGCUUACCCAGCUCGUAGAGCUGGACUACGAGUCGGUGGACCUCACCUCCUUCACCCUCAAGGUGACCGCCACCGACAGCGCUGGCCAGGAAUCCGACCCGCCGGCCACCAUCAACGUCAACAUCAUCGAUGGUGACGACAGCCCCUUCUUUGAUGGCCUCGUCGAAGGCUGGGUCACACCCACCCUGCCCAUUUACGUGUCUUCUUCUUUUGGUUCCUUCCACAGCGUCCCCGUGAUUGAUGAUGAGAAGGUGGAAUUUCAGCAGGACUUUGGCUGCCGCAUCCAAAGCUACACCGGUCCCGCCUCGGUCACCAGCGCCAACUUUGGCAUUCGCACCGAAAGUGCCUCAUGCGCAGUUGACGUUGCUGAGACCAUUCCCGCCGCAGCCCUGGGCAGCAAUAUCCGCCUGACCAUCGAGCUCUACGAUCGCCAGAACACGGGCGUGGUCUUUGACUCAGCCAUUCUAAACAUGACGGUUCUGCGCGCCAACAUUUACGGGCCCCAGUUUGACCAGGAGACGUACACCCGGCGCAUUUCGGUCGUCGAGCCUGUGGGCAGCCUGGUCCUUGAUCCGCUCGUCACAGACGCAGACAGCGAGUCAUUCACCUGCCAUAUCGCCUCCAUCCCCAAUACGUGGCGCUCCAGCGUCGCCUUUGGUAGCGACUGCAAGCUGUAUGUAACUGGUCUGAUCCCGUUGCCGACAUCACCUACCUCCACCGCCUCCAUUCUCAUGUACGCAUCGGACGGUGCGCACAACUCGACCUUUGCGACACUCGUCCUCAUCCCCUACAUGGGCUGCUAUUUCGCGGCCGAUGACACCUGUGAUGAUACCAUUUAUGCCUGUGCCGGCAACGUCGUCAACGCUAGCACCUGCUCCUGUGCUACUGCCGAGGCUGUCCCGGGCACCAACUGCGACGGUGACGGCAUUGACUAUUGUGAGGCUGCCGAUUGUCAAUAUGAUACGAAUUGCGAGGAAAUGAUUGGUUAUGGUGGUGCUACGUGCGACUGCCCCGUUGGCUUUUCGGGCCCGCGCUGUGAGGUGCCUCCCACGGACCCCUGUGCCGACAAGAACUGUGUCAAUGGCGAAUGCGUGCCCAAGCGCACCGGUGACUUUAGCCUCGACAUUGACAAUGACGCCGACUGCGCGUGCGAAGAUGGUUGGAUGGGCGAGCUCUGCAACGAGACCGAUACCUCUCCUGACCCCUGCCUGAACAACGAGUGUCAAAAUGGUGCCACCUGCAUCCGGGAGGCCCCAACUGCGGGUGAGGCCAAGACGGAGUACAGCUGCCAGUGUGUCGAAGGCACCUCAGGUGACUAUUGUGAGCUCAACCGCGGCGAGUGUGAUCCGGCUGGACAGUGCACCACUGGUGAUUGUGCCACUUCCUUCUGCCGCGGCGGCACCUGCGUUGCCGAUGCCUUCAACGGCACUUGCUCGUGCCCGGACGGCACCAAGGGCGAGAUUUGCGACGAAGAAGACGAAAGCGAGGACUUGUGCGACCCCAACCCUUGCCUGAAUGGCGGCACCUGUGUCCGCGUGUCCUCGGAUCGCUUUGGUGGCCUGGACAGCUUUGUGUGCGAGUGUGUGGCUGGUCGCACGGGUCUGCUGUGCGAGAUGACGGAGGGCGAGUGCGCUCGCUGCCCCACUGACCAGGGUGCCAUUUGCGUGCCUGCUGUCGGUGAUGCCCCCGUGUGCUCGUGCCCUUCGGACUUGACGAGCCGUCUAUGCGAUACUGAUUAUGAAAAGUGUGGCACCGACUUUUGUCCCGAGGGCUCCUUUUGCAUGCCUUCGGAUAACGGUGGCUACUGUGCGUGCCCAGGCAACUUCUCCCUCUCGGGUCAGGAUGAUUCGCGCUGCAGCUCGAACGAUGACUGUCAGACCGAAGGUUUUUGCCCUGAUGGCGUCGUGUGUCUUCCCUCACCCGCGGGAGGCCAGUGCAACUGCCCCGAAGGCUACUCGGGUCGCCAAUGCCAGUUGAGCACACUCAACUGCUCCUCGUGCCCGGGCAACCAGCAGUGCGAGGCCUCGGCCAGUGGUGGUGUCUGUGCCUGUCCCGUGGUCAACGGGCUCUGUGCCUACGACGAUGAUUGCAUCCAGCGCGUGAACUGCUCUGAUGCCAGCACCUCCUCAGCUAGCAAGAGCGCUAUGGCCGAUGGCACGCUCGUGGGCAUCAUCAUUGCCGCUCUCUUCGCCGUCAUCCUACUCAUUGUACUGAUUUGGUAUCUUUGCUGCCGUCCCGGUGGUCUCUGUGCCGCUGCCAAGACGCAGCCGGAGCAGCCCACCUACGAGGCCGUGGAAGAGCAGCAGCACUUUUCGAACCCCACUUUUGCAUCGCCGGGCGCUGUCAACCACAUGGGUGUAGAUGCUGUCGACAACCCCUUUUACGGCGUGAGUGCUAUGGCAGACACGUAUGGUAGCAACAACACCUAUGACGGCAGCGCCACGUUGCGCAGCAACAGCAACCUGCAAAUGGAGGCUGGUCGGUUGCGCCUUGCCUCGGUCAGCCGGCACAAUCCUCUCUCUGGCGAAGAGUCCUCCACUGAUCCCACCAUGGACGCAGCCAGCAAUCCCAUGUAUGGCCUGAGCCAAGACGCAAUGGCACAGGGCUCGACGUAUGGAGCUACUUCUCGCAUGUCCAGCAAUCCCGGCUACCUGGAACAAGGUGCCAACUACGACUCGGCUUCAGGCCCCAGCGCCCGCUACGCACCCAACCCUGGAUACAACGACGUUGGUGGUGAUACUUACGACGUGGCCACCCCUGGUGGUGGACAGGCGGCGUACGACAGUGCCUCGGGUACCCCGAUGACGUAUGGCAGCACUGGUGCGGCUGUAGCCGGACAGGCGGUAGCCAUGCCUUCAUCGUCCUCAAAGUCCCCGUACGACUCGGCUAGCAACCAUGCGAACGCCGGUGGGUACGAUCGGGCCAGUCAGAACAAGGCUGGCUAUGACUCGGCGGCACGCCAAAGUGCUGGCGCUUACGACUCUGCCGCGCCGGGCGGUGCGGCCACCAUGGGCUCUGCGGGAAGCGUAAACCGCGGUGCCUUCGCCUCUUCCUCGCAACAAUCGAGUGCUGCAUAUGAUAGUGCGCGUGGCGGAGCUCAGGGCAAUCCGUAUGACUCAGCUGCCUCGGGUGCGGGUGCGUAUGACCGGGCGGCCACCUCGGGUGGUUACGACUCGGCGGCGCCGGGAUCUGGUGCUUACGACACUGCGGCAGGUAGCCAAGCUGCCUUUGGCUUUUCCAGUGCCCAGGCGGGUGCUGCAUCCUCUGGUCAAGUUGCCGGUGCGCAACAGCUAUCCCCCUAUGAUAUGGCGGGCAGUAGCAACUCGCAUGGCUAUGACACGGCCGCGGCUCAAAACAGCAACUAUGACACGGCUGCCCCCCAAAUCUCGCGUUCGGGCAAGCCGGCAUACGACACCGCCGCUGCCGCCCGCGGCAUGCCCACAGCCUCGGCCUAUGACAGCGCAGCCGCCUAUGAUCGCGCGGCUGGCUCGAAUGGUUACGACGUCGCGGCUCCUUCAGAUCCUGCGUAUGACCGUGGUACCGCCCCGGCCAGUUCAGGCUAUGACACAGCCGUUCGCGAUACAACCUAUGAUCGCGCAUAAUCGACACGGCUUGCGUUGUCGUGUGUGCCUGGCAGCACGAUUCUUCGUGCCGAUGGUUUUAUGCCGUACAUGGCGUGACCACGACCACGCGCACAGUGUUCCGGUGCCCGCUCGUGACGAUUUGCGGCUCACAUCUGAACUCUUCACACAAUGAAUUCGCUGGUGUGAGACCUGCUCUUGCGCACCAGCCUUGUCGGUUCCCUUGUCUCGUUGAGAUUCCGUGUCAUACGUCCCUGUUCUGUUAUUCUGCUUUUUGUUUUGAGCGUGCCGUGCUGUUUGUCAAAUGAUUUUGUUUUGUUUUACCCGUCUCGAGCCGCUGGGUGGCCCUCGCCUGAUUUAUAUCGUGUCUCUCUGCUCGAUUGUGUUACGAGCUCCGUGUUGUUCAACUCCUUGUCGUGGAUCAGAUUUGUCUUAGAACCCGUCUAUUUUGUUGGUUGGGCGGAAACAGGGCUUUCAAUUGUUCUGCAUCUUGUUCCCGCAAUACAUCUUCUUCCCCAUUUGUUUCCUUUUUCUUGUUUUUUGUUUUUGUUUUUCUUUUGCUAGAUGGGCCGUGUCAGUAUGGGCACGAUCAGCAGUUCUGUGUGCUGUGGUGCAAUGCCCCACUGACAUGUCGACUCUUGCAAACUUUACUGCUGAUUGCAGUGGUCAUAUUUGCAUGAUACCGCACCAUCUUCCCGCGUCAUACUUUUGUAUAUCCUUGAUGUGCUGGGUGCUCCUCUCGAGCGUCCUUUGUUUGCGCUUGAGCCUUUGCCUGCGUGGUCGGCUCAUCUUGAGCAACUAUCCAGCUCUCAUCUCCUUGCGUCAUGGCAAACAUGUUUUGUGCGUUGUAUGCUGUGCUGUUGUUUCACGUGCCGUACUGAUCUACACUACAAUUGACUUUUUUUUCCUUG